CUAAACCCAUCAUUUUCCAACUCCUUCUGAUUACUCUCUCUCACCAAACCCCCUCUUUCUCUCUCUAAAAACCUCACCUCCUUCCUUCUAGAGAGAGAAAAACUCCAUUGUUGCUCUGCCCCCCCUCUUCUAUUUCUCUCUGUUUUUCCAUGGGUUGCUCUGCUUCAAAGCCUGUUGCCGCCGCCGCCGCCACCGCUCGUCCCUCCCGACAUUCUGAAUCUUUCUCUUCUCCUUCGGCUUCUGGAUCGGCUGGUUCUUCGCCGGCGGUUGGGCGGGCUUUCUCUCUCCCGACUCCGAUUGUCCACCACCCGCCGGCGAAGAAGGGCGACACCCACCACUUGGUUUCUCUCACUUCCACUACCUAUGGCUCUCUUCUCCUCAUUGACCGUCCAACCAAUUCCCAGUUUUCUGGACGCCCGGCGGCGGUGGCCGUCCAUGCUAAGGCUGAAAAGCCCGCCAAUUUCUCCGACCAGAUUUCCCUUUCCCCUGACUCUGUUAUCAACACAUGGGAACUCAUGGAUGGCCUUGAUGACGACGAGUUCAACUCCGAUUUUGAUCACACUCCGGUGAAGCCCUGUUCAAUUCCGGCCAAACCCAGUUCGAUCCCGGCGAAACCCACCUCGGAAAACCGGUUUGAAGGCUUAGUAAAGAAGAGUCCGGCGAAAAUGGAGGAAGAAAUCAGUUCAAUUCCGCCAUGGUCGCCGAAGAAACCAUUCUGGCAGUUCAUUUCAGAGGAAUCCCUUCUCGCAAAAUUAGAUCCAAACGUGGCUUCAACAUACACCAGAGCACUAUCUUCCCGGCAACUCGGCUUCCAUCAGGCACAAAACCGCCGUAGCUCAUCAUUUUCAAAUCAUUGGUCGCCCAACUUCCUGGACACCCAAAACAGAACAAUAGUGAUAUACUUCACAAGCCUUCGAGGAAUCCGAAAAACCUACGAGGAUUGCUGUUUGGUUCGCACAAUCUUCAGAGGGUUUCGAGUUUUGGUAGAUGAGAGGGACAUUUCAAUGGAUUCAUUCUUCAAAAAAGAGCUGCAGACGAAGCUCGGCGGGGUGGCGCCCACAAGCCUACCGCAGGUUUUCAUCGGCGGGAAGCACGUGGGUGGCGCAGAGGAGAUUCGACAAAUGAACGAGGGUGGCGAGUUGGCCGGAAUGUUGGAGGGGUUCCCGGCGGCCGGAAUGAGGUCUAUGUGUGAAAGGUGUGGGGAUGCUAGGUUUGUGCCAUGUCCUAAUUGCAAUGGGAGUAGGAAGUUGUUUGGGCAAGAUGGAGGGUUGAGGAGGUGCUCUAAGUGCAAUGAGAAUGGAUUGAUAAGGUGCCCUUUUUGUUGUUGUUCAUGAGUUCUUGAUGUAAGUGCAAAAUCGUUGGAGUUUUGCCUUCAAGAAAUGUGUUGAAAUGAAAUGGAUAGUGUUUUAAUUUUCUACGC